AUGGGCUGCAUUUGCUCUAAAGGUGCAGCAGAGGAAGCAGACGAUCUUUCAUCUCAUCGUCAUCAGAAAGGAAAAGAGUAUUGGAACAAAUCUUCCUCAGUGCAACUGAUUGCUCCUCUGCCUUCAAGUAAAGAUGAUUUCUCGCACAAAGCCGUAGAUGGAAGCUCUGGUGGUGGACGAAGAGCGAGCGGUUUGAUUGUUCCUAUAGAUGAUAGUCACGAUGGUAAAACAACGAUCAUAGAGAGACCUUCGAGGUCUCAUCGAGGAAGAAGAGUUUCAGACAAUGGCAAAGGAGGAGGAUUGAUUAUUUCGAAAGUACCUCGUAGCGCAGAGGCAGAGCUUAUUGCUGCUGGAUGGCCUUAUUGGUUAACCUCUGUUGCAGGGGAAGCCAUAAAAGGUUGGGUUCCUCGCCGUGCAGAUUCCUUUGAGAAGCUUGACAAAGUUAGUAGUCUCUUUCAACUUUUCAUUUGUCUGAAUCAUACAGUGUAUUGGUUUGUAAUGAUAUUGUAUUUAUUUUUUUUACAGAUAGGACAAGGGACUUAUAGUAUUGUGUAUAAGGCUCAGGAUCUUGAGACGGGCCAAAUAGUGGCGAUGAAGAAGGUGCGGUUUGCUAACAUGGAUCCGGAAAGUGUGAGGUUUAUGGCUAGAGAAAUCAACAUUUUGCGCAAACUAGAUCAUCCAAAUGUUAUGAAGCUUAAGUGUCUUGUCACUUCAAAGCUAUCAGGUAGCUUGCAUCUUGUUUUUGAUUACAUGGAGCAUGAUCUUUCAGGUCUCGCCCUUAGGCCUGGUGUCAAAUUCACCGAGCCACAGAUCAAGUGUUUUAUGAAACAACUUCUUUGUGGACUUGAGCAUUGUCAUAGCCGCGGAAUUCUUCACCGUGACAUCAAGGGUUCGAACCUUUUGGUGAACAAUGAUGGUGUUCUCAAGAUUGGAGAUUUUGGUCUAGCCAGUUUUUAUAAUCCGGAUCAUGAACAGCCGCUCACUAGCCGUGUAGUCACAUUGUGGUAUAGAGCACCUGAGCUUCUACUGGGAUCUACAGACUAUGGACCAGGCAUUGAUCUCUGGAGCGUUGGUUGCAUUCUAGCAGAACUCUUUGUAGGUAAACCAAUCAUGCCAGGAAGAACUGAGGUGGAGCAAAUGCAUAAGAUCUUUAAGCUGUGCGGUUCACCAUCUGAAGACUUUUGGGAAACAACAAAGUUCCCACAGGCGACAAGUUACAGACCGCAACAUCCUUAUAAGCGUGUCCUACUAGAAACGUUCAAGAACUUACCAUCUUCUUCUCUAGCUCUACUUGAUAGGCUUUUAUCUGUAGAACCAGAGAAAAGAUGCUCAGCUUCUUCUACUCUAUUGAGUGAGUUCUUUACGACCGAGCCACUCCCAUGUCACAUCUCAAGUUUGCCCAAGUAUCCUCCAAGCAAGGAACUUGAUGCAAAGAAGCGCAACGAAGAAGCAAAAAGGAAGAAAGCAGAAGCUGUGAAGUGGCGUGGACACGAAUCUGCGAGAAGAGGUGGAAGAGACUCCAAGGUAACACCGGAGUUCAUGGCUUCAGGGCACUCUAAUGUCUCAAUCAACACCCCAUAUGGGUUCAAGAAAGAGAAUGGAAGAGGAAAGCUCUUUUCUGCUUCAAGUUCGGUGAUCCAUCCAAGCUUAACCGCAACAUUGAAUAAGAAUAAAAGCUCUAGGAGCAGUGUAGGAGAGGUGAGAGCUAAUCGUUCCAACAAUGUGCCUGUUAUAACAUGGGGCUACUCAUCUAGCUCUUCGCAAAAGGAAAGUGUACCAUCACGAGAACCCACAACGAGAUAUAUGCGAAAGAAGAACAGAAUGCACUGUUCGGGUCCGUUGAUGCCUCCUGGUGGCAACAUUGAAGACAUGAUGAAAGAUCACGAGAGACGAAUCCAAGAAGCUGUACGCAAGUCCCGCCUUGAGAAAUCUGUAACAAAGAAAUCUGUCAAAGCAUGUGCUUAAGCAAUGAAACAAGAUAGAAAUUGAUGAUA